AUGCAGAAAGGGAUGAAGAAGUACUUCGUCAACAUGGACGAGUUCCUGUGCAGUAUUGGACUCUACAGGAAGAUGGUGGCCCGGGACGCGUCCAGUCUGUUCCGAGCCGUGUCAGAACAGUUGUAUUACUCUCAGAACUACCACCAGAGGAUCCGUCAGGACUGCGCCAACUUCAUGAGAGCCAACAGGUGCAACUUUGAGCCGUUUGUCGAAGGUUCUUUUGAGAAAUACCUGGAACGUCUAGAGGACCCGAAGGAGACGGUGGGUCAGGUGGAGAUCAAGGCUCUGUCUCAGCUCUACAGGCGCUGUUUCCUGAUCUAUCGUUACCCUGGGAGACCAGCCACAGUGAUCUCAGAGGACGACUUUGUUGACAAGGUGACGCUGUGUUGCUCCAUCAACGGUCAUUACGACCUUGUUUACCCGAGGAGUUACCCCGCCUCCGCUGCCCGCUGUCAGUCUCUCCUGUACGAGCUUCUCUACACUCAGGUGUUUGGGUUGGAGGAGGCGGAGCUCUGUCAGGCCAUGGAAGCCUUCAGGGUUGGAGGUCGUCGCUAUAGAAACAGCCCGUCAAUGUGUAGUGACAUCGACAUCGGCUAUGACACACCUGAGGACCGAGGUCACAGGGAGGAGUUGGAGUCGGGCGGAGCUGCUGAGGACAAAGUGGGAGCUGUGACAGACGACACAAAGCCUCCUGCAGAAACCCCGCCCCCCUUCAGACUGUCUCUGUCUUAUAAAGUGAUGAAGUCUCUGGAUGGAGAGGUUUACAGAAACCUUGAGUUUGAUGUCUGGCAGGACUCCUGCAAAGAGAUGCAGAAGACAGACUACAUGGUGUUUGCAGGGAGGCAGUACUUCCUGGGAGACAAGUGUCAGGUGCGUCUGGAGCCAAAGGGGAAGUACUACAACGCCUUCAUCCAGGAAGUAGGAACACAGUCAUCAGCUGUCACAGUCUUCAUCGAGGAGCUGGGAGAGAAACACCUGGUUCCUCUGACUGAUCUGAAACCAGUGAAUCCAGUUCCUGCCUGGAACGUUGCCGCUCCAAGUAGAAAAGGGGACCUGGACUUGGACUCUCGUGGCCAACGUCAUCACCGUCAUCGGUACUUCAGGAAGUCUCGGGGUAGCAGUGGAGUGAAGGGGGCAGAACUGCUGAUGCCGUUGCCUUCCUCCUAUGGAGGCCCGGCCCCCUCGGGCCUGCCCCCCCGCUUCCAGCCGGCAGGUCACGCCCGCCCGCCCCCUCCCCCAUCUCCAGGAGCCAUGACCUAUGACCCCUACGCCCCCCCACACCACCACCCGUCCCCUACGGCUAGACCUCCUCGCUACGGAGCGUCCAGAAGCUCCAACCGUUUCCUGAACCGUCACCUGAUUGGUCCACAGUUGACGUAUUACCACCCUGGCAGACGUUAUUACCAUGACUACGAGAACUACGCCUUCAGGUCACGUCGCAGUCGACGUCAGCUGGCGGCUCUGAAUAAAGACUGUCAGUUUGGUUUCUCUGCGGAGGCGGUGGAGGAGCCGACUGAUCUGGACCCGACCAUUGCGUAUUACCAGCUGGAUGACGGCAGCGACGCCGUCUUCCCUCCACUGCCGGGUCAGACUGUGGCACCACCCCCCACCAUGGGAGCCCCCCCCCCCCCCACCGGCUCCUCCUACAGGGUUCAGAGAGGCUCUGGGCCCCUUCCCCCCGCACCUCCACCUGGAAACACGCCUGUGUGUUCAUCAGAGGAGGAUCAGGAGGACACGAGCACUGUGGAGGACCAGGCUGAGUACACAGAGGAGUACAUCUACAUCACUCAAGAUCAGAGCUACCAGACGUCAGGUGUUUACACUGCUGCUGAGCCCUCCACCAACCAGGAUGAGCAGGAAGGAGGUACUGCUGACUCUCCGUCGAGACCAGAGAUGAACUACAGCUACACACAGCAGGUUGUGAAGCCAUCAGCAGUCAUCUGUUCUUCACCCUCCUCUUCCUCGUCCUCACCUUCAUCUCCAUCGUCAUGUGUACCUGCAGCUGCUCACCUGCCGCUAGCCACACAUGCACAGACACGCUCAGUUGCCAUGGCAAUCCCAGCUGCUUCUCCCUGGUUGGUUAAUGAGUUGGGUGAGGCUGUCUGCACCCUGGUAGCUCCGCCUCCGUACUCCUAUGACCCUAAUGGCAGUGAUUUACCCCGAGACUGCAGAGUCCUCCAGUAUUACUUCAACCUAGGAGUCCAGUGGUACCAGCAGCAGCAGGUGUACACCACCUCAACAGAGGCCCCCUACUCCUACCAGCACUACACCCCCUACCUAAGCCAGGAGCACCCCCUGCAUGCUGCCCCUCCUUCGUACCCUGAGACCGCUCGAGGCCCCCACCAGGCCCCUCUCUCCUACCCAGAAUCCACCAGAGCAGGAGACGGACAGACAGACGGACACAGCGGCGGCCCCGCCCCCUCUGUGGAAGGCUCCUCCCCCCCAGGCCCCACCCCCUCCUCUGCUCACCUGUACCCGGAUCAGACGGCCCCUCCCCCACUUCUGCACCUGCCAUAUGAAGUUCCGCCCCCAGCCACCUAUUUGCCCUCUGGCCCUCACCCUCCUCCUCAUCCUGCUCAGCCUCACCCCACCCACCUCCCCCAUCACUCCUCCUACCACCCCUGCCUCCCCCCCUCCACCCACUGGGGGGCAGUACAGACCGGAGGCCAUGCCCCCCGAGUCUACUGCCCCAUCGCCAACCCCGCCCACAUGGUCGGCUACAUCGCAGCGCCACCCCCUCACCACACAGCCACACACUACAUGCCCCCCCCGAUCUAA